GCCGUGGGCGGGGCCGCGCCUUCACCGUGAGGUGCGGGAGGGCCCCGGCUGCCGCCGCCGCCGCCGGUUCCGGGUCCGCGGGGGAGAAGCCGCGGAGGGCGAUGGCUUCUAUAGGUGCUGGUGCAAAAACAGUGUAGCAAUGGAUCAAAGAAAAAAUGACAGUUUUGUCCCAAGUAUCACGCAGCUGGAAGAUUUCCUGACAGAACAUGACUCCAAUGUGGUUUGGCUGUUAGUAGCAACAAUAUUGUCCUGUGGAUGGAUUAUCUACCUAACUUACUAUAAUUCCCGGAACAUUGGACUCAUUUUAACGUUGGUUCUUAACAGAUUAUAUAAACAUGGCUACAUCCAUAUUGGUUCCUUUUCGUUUUCUGUGCUAUCUGGAAAAGUCAUGGUGCGUGAAAUCUAUUUCAUCACAGAGGACAUGUCCAUCAGAAUUCAAGAUGGAUUUAUCAUUUUUCGCUGGUGGAAGAUGUACAACCCUAAGCAGAAGCAGCACGAUCCAAAGGCAGAAACUCGACUGUAUAUUAUGGUGAAUGACUUUGAAUUUCACGUGUACAACCGCUCUGAGCUUUAUGGACAACUUCAAGAACUGUUUGGCUUGGAUCCCACAAUAAUUCCAGCAAAGAAAGAUGAUGAGAGAGCACAAGUGAAUGGAAGGCAGAGAACACACGCCAAUCUUGACAGUGUUAAAGUAAAAACAGAAUCUCAAGACCCCUCUUCUUCAUGGAGAUCACUUAUUCCAGUCAUUAAAGUUAAUGUGAGCACGGGUCGCUUGGCAUUUGGGAAUCAUUAUCAGCCACAAACACUUUGCAUUAACUUUGAUGAUGCCUUUUUGACAUACACCACAAAACCACCCUCAAGCCACCUUGAUCAGUUCAUGCACAUUGUGAAGGGAAAAUUGGAAAAUGUUCGGGUCAUGCUGGUUCCAAGUCCAAGAUACGUUGGUCUUCAAAAUGAUGAACCCCCAAGGCUGAUGGGUGAAGGUUUUGUUGUAAUGCAGUCCAAUGAUGUUGAUAUCUAUUACUAUAUGGAUGAACCAGGCCUUGUACCAGAGGAGACAGAGGAGAGUAAUGAUGGAGAAGCCAGCAAUGAGGACAGCAAAUUACAGGACCUGCCACCAUGCUGGGGUUUAGACAUUGUGUGUGGAAAAGGGACAGACUUCAAUUAUGGACCUUGGGCUGAUAGGCAGAGGGAUUGCUUGUGGAAGUUUUUCUUCCCACCAGACUACCAAGUUAUGAAAGUCUCAGAAAUUGCUCAGCCUGGGAAACCAAGGCAGAUCCUUGCUUUUGAGCUGCGGAUGAAUAUCAUUGCAGAUGCCACCAUUGAUUUGCUUUUCACCAAGAACAGGGAAACAAAUGCUGUACAUGUAAACGUUGGUGCAGGAUCCUAUUUGGAAAUAAAUAUUCCCAUGACAGUGGGUGAAAAUGGCUAUUCACCUACAAUUAAAGGGCAGCUCCUCCACGUGGAUGCCACCAGCAGCAUGCAGUACAGGACUCUCUUGGAAGCAGAAAUGCUGGCUUUCCAUAUCAAUGCCAGCUAUCCCCGCAUAUGGAACAUGCCACAGACAUGGCAGUGUGAGCUGGAGGUCUAUAAAGCAACCUAUCAUUUCAUCUUUGCUCAGAAGAGCUUCUUUACAGAUCUGAUCCAAGACUGGUCCAGUGACAGCGCACCUGAUAUUUUUUCAUUUGUUCCAUAUAUGUGGAACUUCAAAGUCAUGUUCCAUCAGUUUGAAAUGAUCUGGGCAGCAAAUCAGCACAACUGGAUUGACUGUUCCACCAAACAACAGGAGAAUGUUUAUCUAGCAGCUUGUGGAGAAACCCUGAACAUUGUUUUUUCUCUGCCUUUCACUGACUUUGUUCCAACCACAUGCAAUACUAGAUUCUCCUUAAGGGGAGAAGAUGUUGAUCUUCAUUUGUAUCUGCCUGACUGCCAUCCUAGUAAAUAUUCCCUUUUUAUGCUGGUAAAGGAUUGUCAGCCCAAUAAAAUAAGUCCUGAGUCUUGUAUGUCUGCAGAAUGUCAAAGUGCUCAGAAAACGGGCAAACCCAAAUGGAGGAACAUUACUCAAGAAGAGGCUGGAUGGGUUGAAUGCUGGACAGUCCCAAGUGUUGUCUUUACAAUUGACUACUCCUGGCACCCAAUUUAUCCUCAGAAGGCAGAUGAGCAGCUAAAGCAAUCCUUGUCAGAAAUGGAAGAAACCAUGUUGUCUGUGCUCAGGCCGUCACAGAAAACCAGCGACAGCGUGAUUUCAUCUCCCACAGCUUCCAGCCGCCUUCCCCUCGACCCCUCGGAGCUGCCCCCAGAUAAACUCCACGUGGAGCUGGAACUCUCCCCAGAUUCCCAGAUAACCCUGUAUGGACCCUUGCUCAAAGCCUUUCUCUCCAUAAAGGAAAAUUAUUUUGGGGAAGAUGACAUGUACACUGACUUUGAAGAGGUCAUUUCAAGCCCUGUUUUGUCCCUGUCAACAUCCUCAAGCUCUGGCUGGACAGCUGUAGGAGUGGAAAAUGACAGAAAAGAAAAUGAAAUUUCAGUCAAGCCUGUUCACCCUCUUACUUUACGCCCAUGGGAUAUCACUGUGCUUGUUAAUUUGUACAAAGUGCAUGGGAGAUUGCCAGUGCAUUGCAGUCCAGAUGGUCCAGACUGCCCUACAGCUUUCUUGGAGAGGCUGUGUUUCGAGAUGAAGAAAGGGUUUAGAGAAACAAUGCUUCAGCUUGUAUUGUCGCCAGUGAAUCUGUUUCUGAAUGACAAUUAUCAGCGCCCUGCAGUGGACGAGGUGCUCCGGGAGGGUCACAUCAGCCUGUCGGGCCUGCAGCUCCGUGCCCACGCCAUGUUUUCUGCAGAAGGGCUGCCCCUGGGAAGUGACACUUUGGAAUAUGCCUGGCUGAUAGAUGUGCAGGCUGGAAGCCUCACAGCCAAAGUGACAGCACCACAGCUCGCCUGCCUUGUGGAAUGGGGGCAGACCUUUGUGUUCCACGUGGUGUGUCGGGAGUUCGAGCUGGAGAGGCCCAAAUCCGUCAUCCUGUGCCAGCACGGCAUCGACCGCCGCUUUUGUGACCCAAAGACAAACUCUGUGCCUGGGCCAUGCCCAACAUCAGAUGACUUAAAGUACACGAUGACACGCUUAGCCAUGGAUGGAGCAGAUCUCUAUGUGGUGGAACAUGGCUGUGCCACCAAUAUCAAGAUGGGUGCCAUACGCAUUGCAAACUGCAACCUGCACAACCAGUCCGUGGGGGAAGGUGUCAGCGCCGCCAUCCAGGACCUGCAGCUCAGGCAGUACGUGGAGCAGGUCAACAACUGCAGGACUGGCCUCCAGCCAAUACUGAGGAGGGCAUACUGGCUGGAAGCUGGCUCUGUCAACCUGGGCCUCAUCACUGCUGACAUUGCUUUAGCUGCAGAUCACCCUUCUAAACACGAGGUGCAGAGGCAUUUCUUGGAAACGCACGAUAACAGAACCAAGAGGUUGUGGUUUUUGUGGCCUGAUGAUAAUUUGAGAAAUAAGAGAAGCAAGAACAAGUGUGGCUGUCUCGGUGGUUGUCGGUUCUUCGGUGGAACCUUAACGGGACUGGAUUUCUUCAAACUGGAGGAACUGACACCUUCAAGCAGCUCUGCUUUCUCAAGCACAAGUGCAGAAUCUGAUAUGUUUUAUGGGCAGUCUUUACUGCAGCCAGGAGAAUGGAUCAUCACUAAGGAGAUUCCUAAAAUUUUAGAUGGCAAAGGAAAUGGUGUCAAAAGGAAAGAUUGGGACUGCAGAUCUGUGGGGAUAGAAGUGGAAAGGAAAGCACAGCACCUGAGCCUCCAAGUGCCGCUGCGCUCCCACAGCUCCUCCUCCUCUUCAGAGGAAACCAGCAGCUCCAGUGCUGCCCUGCCCUUGCUUGCAGGGGAGAAGGACAGCCCCUCAUCCACUGCUGAGGAUCACCUGGGACAGAAGGAGUUCCUGCCCAGUGCAAAAAGGGAAGAUGCUCAUGGAAGUGUCACUGUGGAGGCUGCAGAGGGCCGGCCUGCAUCCCCUGGCCCCCAGGAAAGGCCCGUGGGCCAGUCCCCCAUGAGGUCCCCCCUGAAGCGCCAGGCGUCCGUGUGCUCGCGCCUGGGCAGCACCAAGAGCCUGACAGCCGCGUUCUAUGGGGACAAGCAGCCCGUGCCCGUGGGAGUGCAGUUCAGCAGCGACGUGUCCCGCAGCGACGAGAACGUCCUGGACUCCCCAAAGCAGAGGAGGAGCUUUGGCUCCUUCCCCUACACACCCUCAGCAGAUUCCAACUCCUUCCACCAGUACCGCUCCAUGGAUUCCAGCAUGUCCAUGGCGGAUAGCGAGGCUUAUUUUUCAGCUGCUGAAGAGUUUGAGCCAAUAAGCAGCGAUGAAGGUCCAGGGACUUAUCCAGGGAGGAAGAAGAGAAAAAAGCAAGCUCAGAAAGCUGAAUACAGUAGGGGGUCUAUUUAUCACAGCGUGGAAGGGCCCUUAACAAGCACAAUCCACAGAGAAAUCAGUCAAGAUAUGAAAACGUUGCCAAUUAAGACUCAUCCUUCCCAGGCUUCAUUUGUUUCAGCUCUGGGAGGAGAUGAUGAGCACGCUGACAACAUGUACGUCCUGGACUCUGAGAAGACUGUGGAACGGGAACAAAUCACUUCCCAGCAGCCUGUAAUGGCAUGUUACCAAAAUUACCUGACACAGUUCCAGGUGAUCAACUGGUCAGUAAAGCACCCAACCAACAAAAGAACUUCCAAAUCCUCAUUGCAUCGCCCUUUGGAUCUUGACACACCAACGAGUGAAGAAAGUUCCUCAUCCUUUGAGCAACUCUCUGUCCCAACUUUUAAGAUUGUUAAACAGGGUCUCACAGCUAAUUCACUGCUGGACAGAGGCAUGCAGCUCACAGGAUCAACAUCUAACACACCUUACACUCCCUUGGAUAAGAAGUCUGCAGAGAACACAGAUGAUGAAACAAUAACAGAGGAAUGGACGUUGGAUCACCCGGUCUUCCAGACACGCACAACGGCCAUCGUGGAAAUAAAAGGAACUGUAGAUGUAGUUCUGACUCCUCUUGUAGCAGAGGCACUGGAUAGGUACAUCGAGGCUAUGGUGCACUGUGCCAGCUCCCGGCACCCGGCAGCAAUCGUGGAUGACCUGCACUGCAAAGUCCUGAGGGAUGCUGUGCAGAACAGCAAGACCAGCUUCUCAGAAAAUUUGUCUUCCAAGCAAGACAUCAGAGGAACAAAAAUAGACACCACCACAACAGGAACAACAAACCAGGGACCAGCACAGACCAAUCUCUCACUUAAGCAAGAUAAUGUGACAAUUAAAGGUCUUCAAGCCAAUGUUACAGUUCCAAAGGUGAACCUGUGUUUGCUACAAGCAUCUGUGGAUGAAUCCCCAGGAGUUUCUUCCAGCAAAACCGUGACUCACGUUUCCCUGGUAGCUUUGUGUUUUGAUAGAAUUGCUACUCAAGUUCGUAUGAACAGGGGUAUAGUUGAGGAGACUUCAAACAAUGCAGAAGCUGGGAGGAAUUCUGUCACAUUUGAUCGUUACAUCCAAACCAGCAAAAUGCAGCCCCAGUCUUCUGGCUCACUGAGAUCCAACUCUGGAGCAGAAAAAGGAAAAGAAAUUGCUGCUAAAUUGAACAUCCAUCGUGUUCAUGGACAGCUUAGAGGUCUUGAUACAACAGAUAUUGGAACUUGUGCAAUAACAGCCAUUCCUUUUGGGAAAUCAAAAGUUCUUUUUACUUUGGAAGAGUUGGAUGAGUUCACUUUUAUGGAUGAAACAGAUCAACAAGCUGUUCCAGAUGUAGCUCGAAUUGGUCCUAGUCAAGAGAAGUGGGGUUGGAUAAUGUUUGAAUGUGGAAUUGAAAAUUUAACUAUAAAAGGGGGAAGACAGUCUGGGGCAGUGCUGUAUAACACUUUUGGAGUCAUGGGCAAAUCAAGGGACACAGAGAGAGGUGGAUUGCUUGCAUCAAACAACUCUUCAGAUUCCCCCACUGGCAGUGGCUACAACACUGAUGUGUCUGAAGAUAACCUCCCUUGUGACAGAAUAAGUCCCUCUUCAGAUAUUAAUGGAAAUUCUGUUUCAGAUGAGCAGGACGAAGGUGUUGAAUCAGAUGAUCUGAAAAAAGAUAUCCCCUUGAUGCCUCCUCCCCCUGACUCCUGCAGUAUGAAGUUGACAAUCAAAGAAAUUUGGUUUAGUUUUGCAGCUCCCACCAAUGUGCGCUCCCCAGCCCAUAUAUAUUCAAGGCAGCUGAACCUCCUGAGCACUGCAACACCUGCAGUUGGUGCUUGGCUUGUUCCCAUUGAUCAAGUGAAGUCGUCAUUAAAUAAGCUGGAAACUGAAGGAACCCUGCGAAUCUGUGCUGUUAUGGGGUGCAUUAUGACAGAAGCUCUAGAGAAUAAAAGUGUGCACUUCCCUCUGAGAAGCAAGUACAACAGGCUUACCAAAGUGGCUCGUUUCUUGCAAGAAAAUCCCUCUUGUUUACUCUGUAAUAUAUUGCACCAUUACCUUCAUCAAGCAAAUUACUCCAUUAUUGAGGAUGCCACUAUGAGUGAUGGUCUUCCUGCCUUAGUGACCUUAAAGAAAGGUCUGGUUGCCUUAGCAAGGCAGUGGAUGAAGUUCAUUGUGGUCACCCCAGCCUUUAAAGGAGUCAGCUUGCACAGACCAACCCAGCCAAUGAAACUGCAGCCAAAUGCCAGCCACGAGCAUGAGGAUGGCCUUGGAUUGGACAAUGGAGGGGGCCUGCAGAGUGACACGAGUGCUGAUGGAGCAGAGUUUGAAUUUGAUGCAGCCACUGUGAGCGAGCACACGAUGCUGCUGGAAGGAACGGCCAACCGCCCGCCCCCUGCCAGCGCCUCCUCUGGGCCUGUCACCGGUGCUGAGAUCAUGAGGAAGCUGUCCAAGACUCACACCCACAGUGAUUCUGUGCUGAAAAUCAAGGGCAUCCAUCCAUAUCAUUCCCUGAGUUACACCAGUGGAGAUACAGCUACAGAUUCACCAGUGCAUGUCGGCCGCUCUGGAAUGGGAGUCAGGGAAAGUCCAAGGAAGGAAAGUCUGCUCAGCUAUCUCACUGGGAGCUUUCCUAGCCUGCACAAUCUUUUGGAAGGGACUCCUCAAAGAAGUUCAACUGCAGUUAAAAGUAGUUCUUUAACAAGAACAGGAAACACUGUGGCCACAGACAUGUUGUCUGAGCACCCUUUGCUAUCUGAGCCCUCCUCUGUGAGUUUCUAUAACUGGAUGUCCAACGCCGUGGGCAACAGGGGAAGCGUCGUGCAGGAAAGCCCAGCCACCAAAUCUGGGCACAACAGCCUUCCAACAGGUGUGGCACCCAAUCUUCCUACCAUCCCCUCUGCUUCAGACUUCAACACAGUUCUGUCCAGCGACCAGAACACCCUGGAUGGCACCCACUCGCAGCACAGCACCAGCCAGGAUGACAUUGCAGGAGUAGAAGAGGGCAACCAGGGCUUUCCUGCUGUCCAGCUGGCAGAUGCACAGGUUGUUUUCAAACCUCUGCUAAGUUACACGGGGAUUCAGUCGCAGGAUGCGAUGCCCCUGUGCUACAGGAUGUACUUUGGAGAGUACCUCUCCUUCUCAGGAACUCUGGACUGCCUCAGAGCAGAUAUUGUUGAUUCAGACACAGCAAAGGAGAGGAAAAGCAAGCGAGCCCGAAGGCAAGGAGCUGUCAAUCUCCCUCCUCUGGAAUUCAAACCAGCUUUGAUGUUGGAGACUUUCAGCAUUAGCGCCGUGGUGAUGGAGAAGUCCAUGUGCACCCCUCACAACUCCACCAACGCGCUUUCCUUCCACGACUUGAACAAGCGCUACUACAACACCUUCCACUGCAACUUCACCAUCUCCUGCCAGUCCAUCAGCCAGCACGUGGACAUGGCCCUGGUGCGGCUCAUCCACCAGUUCAGCACCAUGAUCGACGACAUCAAGGCCACGCAGACGGACAUCAAGCUGAGCAGGUACACGGCUGGCUCGGCCUCCCCGACGCCCACCUUCAAAACCCGCAAGCACCGCGACUUCCGCUCCUCGGAUUUCAGCCGCAGCUCCCGGGGCAGCCUCAACGGGGGCACCAGGGUGAACAACACCAAGAACAAGAGGACAAACAAUGACAACAACAAGAAGGAGGCUCGCAACAAGAAUUCCCUGGGGAGGUCGGAGCGAAGGACGUCCAAAGUGUCCAGGAAAGGCUCCAAAGAUGUGGUUGACCACGUGACGAUCCAUAUGGAUGACUCCGACUCCAUUACUGUGUCGGAACAGAGCGAGCCCUCUGCGGAGUGCUGGCAAAAUAUGUAUAAGCUACUGAACUUCUAUUCACUCAUUUCUGAUCCCACUGGCAUCUUAGAAAAGUCUUCUGAAACCUUUGGACCAACAGGUGUGCGCAGCCCCACGGAGCCGGCCUGCAGGGUGGUGUUUGAGAACGAGCAGGACAACGGGCGCAAGCGCAGCCUGGUGACCUCGGAGCCGCAGCACGUCACCCUCAUCGUCUUCGGCAUAGGGAUGGUGAACAGAACCCACCUGGAGGCCGACAUUGGUGGCCUCACCAUGGAAUCUGAGCUGAAGAGGAUCCAUGGCAGCUUCACCCUGAAAGAGAAAAUGAAAGAUGUGCUACACCAAAAGAUGACUGAGACAUGUGCCACUGCUCACAUAGGAGGUGUCAAUAUCGUCCUGCUGGAGGGAAUUACCCCAAAUAUCCAACUGGAGGAUUUUCCUACAUCUCCUACAAGCACAGCCAAACAAGAGUUUCUAACUGUGGUGAAGUGCAGCAUUGCCAAAUCCCAGGCCCUGUACAGCGCCCAGAGGGGGCUGAAAACCAACAACGCGGCCGUGGUCAAGGUGGGCGCCAUCAGCAUCAACAUCCCGCAGCACCCGGCCACGCUGCACAGCAUGAUGGUGCGCAGCUCCCACCAGCUCUCCAAGCAGAUCUCCGACCUCAUCCGCCAGCCCUCCACCGCGCCCCAGCCAGCAAAAGAGGAUGUGGCCACUCCUCUGCCCUCUGAGAAGACUCCAACGAGCAUCAAUCAGACGCCAGUUGAAACAAAUGAGUUCCCACAGCUGCCAGAAGGCUUGGAGAAGAAGCCCAUAGUGCUGAAGUUCAGUGCCAUGAUAGAUGGGAUUGCUAUUGGAGCAGCGCUCCUGCCCUCCCUGAAGGCAGAAUACAAGAUGGGAAGAAUGAGGAGUCAUGGAAUGACAGGUGCCCAAACCAGAUUUAAUUUUGAGCUUCCAAACCACAGGCUGCGCUUCACUUCAAAAGUUUCUGCCACUGACAUGUCAACCAUUCCUCCUUCGGCCAGUCUCAACCUGCCUCCUGUCACCAUGUCAGGGAAAUAUGUCAUGGAAGAGCAUGACACUUACUCUGACCAGAUCUGGAGCAUUGAUGAGCUCCCUGCCAAGCAGGGCUACUACCUGCAGGGCAACUACCUGCGCUGCGUGGCUGAGGUUGGCUCCUUUGAACAUAAUCUCACGACUGACCUUUUAAACCAUUUAGUAUUUGUGCAAAAAGUGUUCAUGAAGGAAGUAAAUGAGGUCAUACAGAAGGUUUCAGGAGGGGAGCAGCCAAUACCUCUUUGGAAUGAACACGAUGGCACAACAGAUGGAGAUAAACCAAAAAUUCUUCUUUACUCCCUGAGCCUGCAGUUUAAGGGAAUUCAGGUGACAGCUACCACUCCCUCGAUGCGAGCUGUGAGGUUUGAAACAGGGUUGAUAGAACUCGAGCUCUCCAACAGACUGCAAACCAAAGCAAUGCCUGGAAGUAGCAGCUACCUCAAACUGUUUGGAAAAUGCCAGGUGGAUUUGAAUCUGGCACUGGGACAGAUUGUUAAACAUCAGGUUUAUGAAGAAGCUGGCUCAGACUUUCAUCAAGUUGCCUAUUUCAAGACAAGAAUUGGAUUAAGAAAUGCUCUCAGAGAAGAAAUCAGUGGCUCAUCAGACAGGGAGGCCGUGCUCAUUACUCUGAACAGACCCAUUGUUUUUGCCCAGCCCGUGGCCUUUGACAGAGCUGUGCUGUUCUGGCUGAACUACAAGGCAGCGUACGACAACUGGAAUGAACAGAGAAUGGCUUUGCAUAAAGAUAUUCACAUGGCCACAAAAGAAGUGGUGGAUAUGCUGCCUGGAAUCCAGCAAACCUCUGCACAGGCUUUUGGCACCCUGUUCCUUCAGCUGACUGUCAAUGAUUUAGGAAUUUGCCUGCCCAUCACAAACACACCCCAGUCUAACCACUCUGCAGAUCUCGACACUGGCUCUGCUUUAGUCCUGACUAUUGAAAGCACACUCAUCACUGCCUGCUCCUCCGAAUCUUUAGUUAGCAAAGGGCAUUUUAAAAACUUCUGCAUCCGCUUUGCCGAUGGCUUUGAGACAAGUUGGGAUGACUGGAAACCAGAAAUAAGAGGAGAUCUAGUCAUGAAUGCAUGUGUUGUGCCAGAUGGAACCUAUGAAGUGUGUUCCAGGACAACAGGCCAAGCUGCAGCAGAAAGUAGUAGUGCUGGAACCUGGACACUGAAUGUGUUGUGGAAGAUGUGUGGUAUUGAUGUCCACAUGGAUCCAAACAUUGGGAAAAGACUGAAUGCUUUGGGCAACACCCUCACAACACUGACAGGAGAGGAAGAUAUUGAUGACAUUGCUGACCUCAACUCUGUGAACAUAGCUGACCUUUCAGAUGAGGAUGAAGUUGACACCAUGUCUCCCACUAUCCAUGCAGAGAUCGUUGAUCACCGGCUGCAGGGAGCUUCCAGUAUCCAAACUGGAGAACAGCGAGGAAGGAAAUUUAUGAAGCGUUUGGUUGAUAUUAGAGAGCUCAAUGAGCAAGCAAAAGUCAUUGAUGACCUAAAGAAAUUAGGUGCAAGUGAAGGGACCAUAAACCAAGAAAUUCAGCGCUAUCAGCAGCUGGAGUCGGUGGCUGUGAACGACAUCCGUAGGGACGUCCGCAAAAAGCUCCGGAGAUCCAGCAUGAGGGCUGCCUCCUUGAAAGACAAGUGGGGUCUGAGCUACAAACCCAGCUACAGCCGAUCAAAGAGCAUUUCAGCAUCAGGGAGGCCACCUCUGAAGAGAAUGGACAGAACAAGCUCUCGACUGGGAGACAGUGAAGACCUCCCAGAUAUCCGUGUGGAUGCUGCAUCCCCUGGGCCAAGAGUAACCUUCAACAUACAAGAUUCUUUUCCAGAGGAGACAGAAAUGGACCUUUUGUCCGUAACUAUUGAUGGUCCCUCCCAUUACUCAUCUGCUAGUGAAGGCUCAUGCUCGGUAUUUGGUUCACCCAAAACUCCAGCUGUCUUCUCACCCGGCAUUCCCUUCCAGCCUGAAGAAGGACGCCGGGAUGACAGUUUAUCCUCCAGCAGCGAGGACUCGGAGAAGGACGAUGACCAUGAAAGGGAGAGGACCUAUUUUUAUAGGAAACCACCGAGCACCUCUCGCAAGAAAGCCACGGGCUUUGCUGCUGUGCACCAGCUGUUCACCGAGCGCUGGCCAACAACACCCACCAACAGGAGUGUCACUGGCACCACCACGGAGAGAAACAUUGACUUUGAGCUCGAUAUCAGGGUUGAAAUUGAUUGUGGGAAGUGUGUGCUGCAUCCCACGAUGCUCCAGCAAGAGCACGAUGACAUCAGUUUGCGAAGGAGCUAUGAUCGGAGUUCCAGGAGUUUGGAUCAAGAGUCUCCUUCAAAAAAGAAGAAAUUUCAGACUAAUUAUGCAUCUACUACUCACUUACUUGCUGGCAAGAAAGUGCCAUCAUCUCUACAGACAAAAUCCAGUGAUGUGGAAACAACAGUGUUUUAUAUUCCUGGGGUGGAUGUAAAGCUGCACUACAACUCCAAGACUCUAAAGACUGAAUCACCAAACACUUCUCGAGGAUCCUCUUUGCCACGCACCCUUUCCAAAGAGUCCAAGCUGUAUGCCAAAGGGAAAGGAAGUGGUGGAGUGAAAACUGCUAAGCUCUACGCCUGGGUUGCACUCCAGUCACUGCCAGAGGAGAUGGUGAUCAGCCCCUGCCUCCUGGACUUCCUGGAGAAAGCCCUUGAAACCAUUCCCAUCACACCCAUAGAAAGGAAUUACACAGCUGUUAGCUCCCAGGAUGAAGACAUGGGACAGUUUGAUAUACAAGAUCCCUUGGAAGAGUCCACAACAUCCUUGGUGUCAUCCUCAACAUCAGCAUAUUCCUCCUUCCCUGUAGAUGUGGUGGUUUAUGUACGAGUCCAGCCCUCUCAAAUCAAGUUCAGCUGCUUGCCAGUAUCCAGAGUUGAGUGUAUGCUGAAGUUGCCUUCCCUGGAUCUUGUUUUCUCUUCCAACCGAGGAGAACUGGAAACUUUAGGCACAACAUACCCAUCAGAAAGUGUGUCCAUUGGUGGCAGUACUCCACAGAGUGGCUCCAAGAAUUCAGCUGGUAAAUCUGGAGCACCAGGUUCAUCACCUGGCCUCGGCAGCCCUCUGGGCAGGACGAGGCACAGCAGCAGCCAGUCAGAUCUGACGACUUCCAGCAGCAGCUCUUCAGGCCUGAGCUUUACUGCCUGCAUGUCUGACUUCUCCCUUUAUGUGUUCCACCCCUACGGAGCUGGAAAACAAAAAUCAGCUGUUACCGUGCUGACCCCUGGAUCGGGAGCCUUGGGGAAUGUGGAUGAGGAGCCCACUUCGGUCACUGGCCGGAAGGACUCCCUGAGCAUCAACCUGGAGUUUGUGAAAGUCAGCCUGUCACGGAUCAGGCGUUCGGGAGGCUCCUCCUUUUUUGAGAGUCAGUCUGUGAGCAAAGCUACCAGCAAGAUAGACACCACAUUGAUCAACAUAUCUGCUGUCUGUGACAUAGGAUCUGCUUCUUUCAAAUAUGACAUGCGCCGCCUCAGUGAGAUCCUGGCCUUUCCCAGGGCUUGGUACAGGAGAAGCAUUGCUAGAAGGCUCUUCCUGGGUGAUCAGACAAUAAAUCUGCCAGCAUCAGGCCCUGGCACACCAGAUUCAAUUGAAGGAGUGAGCCAGCACCUUUCUCCUGAAUCCUCAAGGAAAGCAUACUGCAGGACAUGGGAGCAGCCCUGCCAGUCUGCUUCCUUCACUCACAUGGCACAGUCCCCCAAUGUUUUCAGUGAGCACAGUGCCAGCAGCAGUAUGUCACCUGGGACAGCAUCUCACAGCCUCAAGUCUCCAGCUGUCACAAGAUCCAGGAGUGUGUCUGACUCCUCAGUGCCUCAGAGAGAUACUCUCUCAAAAACAUCAACUCCAUUUAAUAAGUCAAAUAAAGCUGGCAGCCAGCAAGGAACACCAUGGGAAACACUGGUUGUGUUUGCUAUGAACCUAAAACAAUUAAAUGUUCAAAUGAAUAUGAGCAAUGUAAUGGGCAAUACUACGUGGACCACCAGUGGUUUGAAAAGUCAGGGCCGUCUGUCUGUGGGCAGUAGCAGAGAUCGGGAAAUCAGCAUGUCUGUGGGCUUGGGAAGGUCCCAGCUGGACUCCAGAGGGGGAGUUGUUGGAGGUACCAUAGAUGUGAACACCUUGGAGAUGGUGGCUCAUAUUUCAGAGCACCCAAACCAACAGCCCAAUCAUAAAAUUGAAAUUACUAUGGGUUCUACUGAAGCACGUGUUGACUACAUGGGAUCCAGUAUCCUAAUGGGAAUCUUCAGUAAUGCUGAUCUUAAACUGCAGGAUGAGUGGAAGAUUAAUCUGUAUAAUAAUCUGGAUUCGAGCAUGACUGAUAAAAGUGAGAUAUUUGUCCAUGGGGACUUGAAAUGGGAUAUCUUCCAAGUGAUGAUUUCAAGGUCAACUACGCCAGACCUGAUAAAAAUAGGAAUGAAACUCCAGGAGUUCUUCACUCAGCAGUUUGAUACAAGCAAGCGAGCUCUGUCCACGUGGGGUCCUGUUCCUUAUCUCCCUCCCAAGACGGUGGCAAACAACUUGGAGAGAACCUCACACGAGCAAUUGUUGGAUGCAGCCCAUCAUCGCCAUUGGCCAGGAGUUCUGAAGGUGGUGUCUGGGUGCCACAUAUCCCUGUUCCAGAUGCCACUGCCAGAAGAUGGGAUGCAGUUUGGAGGAUCCAUGAGCCUGCAUGGGAACCAUAUGACCCUAGCUUGUUUUCAUGGACCUAAUUUCCGCUCAAAAUCGUGGGCCUUAUUUCACCUGGAAGAACCCAAUAUUGCAUUUUGGACAGAAGCCCAGAAAGUUUUGGAAGAUGGUACCAGUGAGCACUCCACGUACAUUGUUCAAACCCUGGACUUUCACUUGGGCCAUAACACCAUGGUCACCAAGCCCUGUGGGGCCCUGGAGAGCCCCAUGGCCACCAUCACCAAGAUAACGCGGCGCCGCCAUGAAAAUCCCCCCCACGGAGUUGCCAGUGUGAAGGAGUGGUUCAAUUAUGUGACAGCCACGAGGAAUGAAGAGUUGAACCUGCUACGGAAUGUUGAUGCCAACAAUCCAGAGAGCAGCACAACAGUGAAAAGCUCAAGCUUGUUAAGUGGCUUCAGGGGUGGCUCCAGUUACAACCAUGAAACUGAAACCAUCUUUGCAUUGCCAAGGAUGCAGCUGGAUUUUAAAUCUAUUCAUGUUCAAGAGCCCCAAGAACCUUCGUUACAAGAUACAAGUGUUAAACCAAAGGUGGAAUGCAGUGUGGUAACUGAAUUUACAGACCACAUCUGUGUGACCAUGGAUGCUGAACUGAUCAUGUUUCUGCAUGACUUGGUGUCUGCUUAUCUAAAAGAAAAAGAGAAAGCAAUUUUUCCUCCUCGCAUUCUGGCUGCUCGCCCAGGGCAGAAGAAUUCUGUUGGUGUCCUUGAGGACAGCUCCACUGAUAAAGAGGCAGAGGAAAGCAUUACUUACACUACAGUUGACUGGAGGGAGUUUAUGUGCAAUACUUGGCAUUUGGAACCCACGCUCAGAUUAAUAUCCUGGACUGGGAGAAAAAUUGAUCCUGUUGGUGUUGACUACAUCCUCCAAAAGCUGGGCUUUCACCAUGCAAGGACUACUAUCCCUAAGUGGCUGCAGCGUGGUGUCAUGGAUCCUUUGGACAAAGUUUUGUCAGUCCUUAUAAAGAAACUUGGUACUGCACUACAAGAUGAAAAGGAGAAGAAAGGAAAAGACAAAGAAGAAUAUUAAAAGUACAAUGUGACAACCCUAACUCCAUUUGAUUUUAUCAAAGUGUUUUAUUAUAUUUUAAGAACUUAAAUAUGGUUUAAAGAGAAACCUAACAGCUUUUUGCUACUCUAUUUAAAACUUACAUUGUGAGUAACUGUUUACUGUGGUACUUGAUACCAUUCUGUAUUUGAAGUUAUUGCAUGAUGAUGAUGACCAAUGUAUAUUCUGUGAAGGAAUAGCUGGAACACUGUAAAUCUGCUCCUCAGCGUCCAUUUUAUGAUGUGCAAUAUGAUCCUGCAUCUUUACAAUACUUGCAGAUUAACUGUGAAUUUUCUUAAAAUUUUACUUGCCAUAACACAAACCCCUCGUUGAUGUGACCAGUAAUUGAUUUGUCAAUGUAGACUGGUGUAAAUUAUAUAUAUAUAUAACUUAUGAAACUGUGAUUGCCUUAGUGCUAAAAAUCAUGAAGUUUAUUACACUUGUAAUAAAAUUUAACUACUGUACAGGA